AUGGAGUUCAUCUAUCAACUCGGCAUCAAUCAAUCACUCUAUCGAAUGAGCAGACGGUUGAUUAUUUUUAUAAUUCUAGCCGUACUACCGCCUAUUAAUGCGUUGAGCCCGGGUUUUGGGGGUGAGGAAGCGGGCGAUGCGGAAGAAGCGCUGCCGAUGAGGGGACGGUUGCUGGAAAAUCCGGAGAUGGACGUCCAAACCGACGGAAUGGCCUUCGCCUUUGGCACGGCACGAAAGGAGUCCGACGCCGAGCCGUACGUUCAGAUGGACGCCGACGGGCAGAAGCUCAAGCUGCCGAAGGGCAUCUACCACUACAGCUCUCAUGACACGGGAAUGGACGGGCAGUGGAGGCUUCCGGAAACUGGACAAUGGUGGAGAGGAGGAGCGGCUGUUAGGGACAAUUACCGUAAUAUCGACGGUGUCUACCUCCGGAAUCCGUUCGCUGCCGAUCCGAUUAAUGUACAGGUGGUAACGGAGAGGAGAUGGGAGCACGGCCUCGAAGGCACAGCAGCUGACCAAACUCCAGAAGCUGCUCUCCGCAAAGCCCAACAUAUCUGUCGUACCGAAGACGAGGCAAAAUGCGAACGUGCACUAAUGGAAUACUAUGAGCUACAAACCGAGACGGUGGCCCAGGGCUCGGCGCCGUUGCACGAGAAAUUGGUGCAGUUGGGCGACAUCGCAUCAUCGACGAAGGUUCGCUCAAAAACAGGUCACGGCAUCGGGCUGCUGAUGGAGCUGCCAGGCCAGGAGGCUCCUCUUUACGUCGGCGCCGCCCUGGACAAGAAAAACGACCGGAAUUUACGGCUGCUAUUCCAGCCGCCAAGGAGA